AUGGCCGCCGUGCCCGCGCCGCUGCCGCCCGCCGAGGCCGAGGCGCUGGUGCGGGCGCUGCAUGGCACCGGGGAGCUGCGGGACACCGCGGGCAGGGGUGCGGGGACAGGAUGGCUUCGGCAGCACGAGUAUGUGGAGAAGCUGAACAUGCACGGCAUCCUGAGCGCCUCUACUGGCCAGGAGCAGCUCCUCACCGAGCUGCUGGUCACCUAUGCCAAGAUUCCUGUUCUCAUUGGGGAGCUGAUCUCUGUGGAGAUCUGGAAGCACAAGGUCUUUCCUGUGCUGUGCCGGCUGGAGGACUUCAAGCCAAGGAGCACCUUCCCCAUCUAUGUGGUGCUGCACCAUGAAGCCUCCAUCAUUAACCUCUUGGAGACGGUGUUUUUUUACAAGGAGAUCUGUGAGUCAGCAGAGGACAGCAUUCUGGAUUUAAUUGAUUACUGCCACCGAAAGCUGACCCUGCUCGCGGCCCGGAGCACCAAAGGACAGGCAGUGGAGCUGCGUGCCCAGGACCUGGCCAGCCCCUCGUCCAUGCAGGAGCUGCAGAAGCAGGCGGAGGCAAUGGAGUUUGAGAUUUCCCUGAAGGCCCUGUCUGUGCUGCGGUUCAUCACCGACCAGGUUGGAGAGAUUCCCAUGGGCGCGCUGACACGGAUGCUGAACACCCACAAUCUGCCCUGCCUCCUCGUUGAGCUGGUGGAGCAUUGCCCCUGGAGCUGCUGGGAAGCAGGUAUGGAUCAGUUUGAGAAUGGCACAUGGCACGUGGUGCCCCCUGAAGACCAGGUGAAGAUGACCAAACUCGAUGAGGUGUGGCUUGCCCUCCUCAACCUCCUGCUCAGCCCCGAGUGCCAGCGCAAAUACCACUUUGAUGGCUUCAACAAGAGCCAGCUCCUCAAGCUCCGUGUGUUCCUGACAGAUGUCCUUAUUGACCAGCUGCCCAACCUGAUGGAGAUGCAGAGAUUUCUGAGCCACCUGGCAGUGACAGAGCCAGCUCCCCCCAAAAAGAAUCUUGUCCUGGAGCAGGUUCCUGUCAUCUGGGACCACAUCCUCAAGAAAAACUCGGGGAAGUGGGAGGCCAUUGCCAAGCACCAGGUGAAGCAUGCCUUCAGCCCCACCGAGGAGGAGCUGAAGCUCCAGGCACGCAGGUGGGCACAAACCUACAGCCUGGACAUGAUGGAGGCUCUGGCCCCCGACAAGCCCCGCUGCAGGGUGUGUGGUGUAGAAGCAGCCAAGAGGUGCUCUCGCUGCCGGAAUGAGUGGUACUGCACGCGGGCCUGCCAGGUUCAGCACUGGCAGAAGCACAAGCCUGCCUGCAACCUGAUGGCUGAGGUGCCGAGGAGCGUUGUGGAUGACCUGUAAGAGAAGGGGUGUCUGGCAUCUGGCCCACAGCUCAGCGAGGCUGAGGUUCCCCAGUGUGCAGCCCAGCAGCUGGAGAGAAGCUGGCAAAGGCCCCUUCUGCCUGCUCCCAGCCCCAGGCAGCACUGGCCGGGCUUGUCCUCUCCUCUCUCACUACCCCACCAUGCUGCCUUCUUUAAUAAAACUCCUUGUGCACCCCACA